UUCACCUUUCCAUAAAGACAAAAUUAAAAAAACAUAGGUUAUAAUUAAUUAUAUAAAAAAACUAUAGGUUAGUAUAAAUAUAUAAUAAUGUCAAACCCCCACUCCCACAACCCAUUUUAACUACCUUUUUUCCCGCUUUUUUUCUCACAAGAUUUGACUUCCUUAUCUUUGCCCUUUUUUGCGCUUCUUUAACGGCAUUUUAAUUUUCAUUAUAAUUUCCCAUAAAUAUUUCAAUCUGAUCAAUUUUUUUUAGGGAAAUAAAUUGUUUACAUUUUGAUGAUGAGAAGGAUGACCCACCAUUUUAUAGGGCCAUUAGUAUGGCCAAGAGUAAUCUUUGCCUUUGAUGAUCUCCACCUGUUCGACGAAACACCCCAACGACCUAACCCCCCCUCCCAACAACAAAGCCGUAGUCUCAAAAUGAUUUGGGGUCGGCUAAUAUGAAUCGUCAUGAAAAAAAAAAAACCGGAAUUUUUUUUAAUGAAUUAACAAACAUCUUCACCUGGGUUUUUGUCUUUGUCUUUGUUUUUGCUGAGUUUCUCUGUUUCUUCCUCAUUUCACUCUCUUUAGCCCCACUUUCACUGCCACUAUCUUUUCUGUCUUCUAACUCAAGAAUCUCAUUUCUGUUUUUCCCUUCAUUUUCUCUCUUUUCUUUGUUAUUCUUCAUCUUCUUCUCUGUCAAUGGACCGCGCUGAUAGGCAGCAACUUCCCUUGUCUAAAAGCUCGGGACAGCGUAGCAAUGAAUGGAUAUUUAGGGAUGUUCCCAGUGAUAUCAUCAUAGAAGUUCCUGGAGGGACUUAUGCACUUCAUAAGUUCCCUUUAGUCUCUCGUAGUGGGAGAUUACGCAGGUUAAUAGCUGACUGUCGAGAUUCUGAUAAGUCAAAGAUUGAGCUUCUCAACCUGCCUGGAGGUGCUGAAACAUUUGAGUUGGCAGCAAAGUUUUGUUAUGGCAAUAACUUUGAGAUCACACCAGCUAAUGUUGCCCAGCUCUGUUGUGUCUCUGAUUACCUUGAAAUGACUGAAAGUUACUCGAAAGACAGUCUUGGAUCUCGAGCUGAAGAAUACCUUGACAGUGUAGUCUGCAAGAACCUAGAAAUGUGUGUUGAAGUUCUAAAGCAAUGUGAAAACCUUCUCCCCCUGGCUGAUGAGCUGAAAAUAGUAGGCAGAUGCAUUGAUGCUAUAGCCUCUAAGGCAUGUACAGAACAAAUUGCUUCAAGUUUUUCAAGGUUGGAGUACAGCAGCUCAGGGAGGCUCAACUUAAGCCGACCUGCUGUGAAAUGUGAUGGUGACUGGUGGAUUGAAGAUCUUUCAGUCCUUCGAGUAGACAUGUAUCAGAGAGUCAUAUCAGCAAUGAAAUGUAGAGGGGUUAGACCAGAGAGUAUAGGCGCUUCACUUAUAAACUACGCAGAAAAAGAGUUGACAAAGAAAGCCAGCCUGUGGAAUGUCUCUGGUCAAUCAAGACCAGAUGUUAUUGCUGGGGCUGGUAGCAAUGAAAGAAUUGUGGUUGAAACAAUUGUCAGUCUAUUGCCAGUAGAGAAGCUCGUCGUGCCACUUAGUUUCCUCUUUGGCCUUCUUAGGAGUGCUAUUCUGCUAGACUGUUCUGUUGCUUGCAGGCUUGAUCUAGAAAGAAGAAUUGGAUCCCAAUUAGAUAUGGCCACUUUGGAUGACCUUUUGAUUCCUUCAUUUCGCCAUGCUGGAGACACACUAUUUGAUGUGGACACGGUUCACAGGAUCUUGGUUAACUUUUCCCAGCAAGAUGAUAGUGAAGAAGAAUUGGAAAAUGUUUCUGUUUUUGAAUCAGAAAGUCCUCAGUCACCUUCACAGGGUGCCCUAUUCAAAGUCUCAAAGUUAGUGGACAACUACCUUGUUGAAAUUGCCCCGGAUGCAAACCUCAAGCUUAACAAGUUCUUAGUUAUUGCUGAAGCUUUGCCAGAACAUGCGCGCACCAUUCAUGAUGGACUAUAUAGGGCCAUUGAUGUUUAUUUGAAGGCACAUCAAGGUUUAUCAGAUGCAGAGAAGAGAAAGCUUUGCAAGCUGAUUGACUUCCAAAAGCUCUCACAAGAAGCAGGGGCGCAUGCAGCUCAAAAUGAGCGGCUUCCUCUACAGUCAAUAGUCCAAGUACUCUAUUUCGAGCAGCUAAGACUCCGAAAUGCCCUAGGUUGCUCUUUUCCUGAGGAGGAACCUAAGCCGAUGUUCCAUUCAUGGCGUGUCAAUAGUGGAGCUCUCAGUGCAUCAAUGUCUCCCAAAGACAACUAUGCCUCACUAAGGAGGGAGAAUCGAGAGCUAAAGCUCGAGCUGGCUUGUAUGAGAAUGAGACUCAAUGAUUUAGAAAAAGAUCAUGUUUGUAUGAAAAGGACCAUGCAAAAAUCUGGUUCUCGAAAAUUUAUGAGCUCUUUCUCAAAGAAGCUCGGGAAGCUAAGCUUCUUCGGACAUAGUUCUUCCAGGGCAUCAAGUUCUCCUACUCCUUCAAGACAGUCACAGAGGACAGAUUCUAAGGUUACUGAUAGAACAUAUUAAUGUUAUAGUGCGACGAGCAAUGCAAACAGGAUUUCAAUGGGGUUUCAGUUCCAUUUUCUUGCCUGUUACUUGCCAACCUCUGCCCUCAGAAUUUUGUAUAUGAGUUUGUGCUUUUAACUUAGUGAUAACACUUAUUUUUCAAUUUGAGAAUGUUACAAAGAAAUGGAGAUCCUGUAUUGACUUUGCUCUCUUAUUUUUGGUAUAUAUAUGCACAGUUGUUAUGAACAUAUUUAAGCAGUGAAGCAGGACUGUACCUUA